CGUAAAUGAACGUCACAUCUAAUCUUCCGGAAUGGUUCCUGUUGUGAUUAUAGCAACGUUGAAAGGUGGAGAAAUAGCUAGCUGCCAAAUUAUUGUUAAUAGAGUUCGUUUUCUUCACAUUUUUACCCGCUAGAGCAAUAUCAGUCAACUUGUAAUUGUCUCAUGACUCUACACGUGUCGGCAUGGACAACCGCUGUUAUUGUUGUGCAUCAAAGUUCAGUCUCUUCAAGAAGGAGCUGGGCUGUAAGAGCUGCGGCCGAUCCUUCUGCUCCAGCUGUUUGACUUUCAGUGCUGUGGUGCCUCGCUGUGGCAACACCCAGCAGAAGGUCUGCAAACAGUGCCAUGGUAAUCUGACAAGUGGAGAAUCUUCAAACAGUGCUGGAAAAUGGUCUCCUCCUGAAAAUUACAAAAAACGUGUUGCUGCCCUUGAGGCCAAACAGCAGGGACAGUCAACACAGCCUCUUGCACAAAGGGGCAAUAGUAACAGUAAAGUAGGCCAUCUACCAACCAAAGGCCUGAGUAAGGAAGAUCAGGCUAUUGCUGAAAGACUUCAAAAGCUGAAGGAGGACACUGCGCCAAAGUCUAUCCCCUCUGAGAAAGAACUUGAGUCUCGCCUUGCUGCUCUGAAGGCUCCCAGCCGGCCAGUGCCUUCUGCAGGAGAGAUGGAGGACCGCCUGGCAGUUCUACGGGGUCAGACUCCACCAUCUCAAGCUCCUCCACCUGUGCACCAGCCUCCAGAUAACAGGACUCAGACUGAACAAGCCAAUGAUCUCAUUACUCAAAUGACAGAGGAAGUUGCCAUAGACGACCAGCAAUCAAAUCCUGAAUGCAGUGAAGAUGGCCGCAUGAAUGAUCUCAACAAGGGGGAGGGGGGAACAUUGGAUGAGAAUUUGGAGGAGAACCAGGAGGUGGACAAGCAGCUGGAGACUGAGAAGGCCCGUGUCCUGGAGGAGGCCAUGGAGGAGCUGAGAAAGGAGCGUCAUUCCCAGGAUCAGAUCCUCCACAUGGCCAAGAGGAUGGCGACACUGAAGGGGCAGGACCCCGACAAAGUAACUAUGGAGGACUUUCAGCACCCUGACAGUGAGGAGGAAACUGAAGAAGAAGCUGUGAUGAGAGUGUUAAAACAGCUCUCGGAAGAAGCUGCACUGGAUGAGGCCAGUGGCUACAACAUACGUUUAGAACACAGUGGACCAAGGAACGUAGAAAAGAAAACAACUUCCAAGAAUCCGACCCAGGCUCCAGCAUCCAAGAGUAGGAUUUCACCGGCUGCUGUUGCACAGCAGCCAUCAGACAGUGAUGAGGAGGAGCUUCCAUGGUGCUGCAUCUGUAACCAUGAUGCCACCAUUCGCUGUCACACCUGUGAUGGAGACCUAUACUGCAACCGCUGCUUCAGGGAAGGCCAUGAUAAAUAUGACAGGAAGGAGCAUCGCACCACUAACUACACUGCACCAAAGAAGAAGAGGAAGACAUGAUGGUGAGACUGGGCUGUUGGUCAGUCAUCACAGACUUGUGCUUUAGACUUAAAGUGACCUAUUAUUGUUAAUAAAUGUAAGUGUCUCAGAAGAUUAAAACACUACCUAUUAAUAUUUAAAACAAGCCAGAAUUUAACCCUAAUUUAUCUAAUAUGUCCAAAGUGGCUAUAUUCAUGCUACUGUGUAGACCACAGGAAGAGCAGCAUCUUCUUUCUGUAAUCGCUAAUAGGGAUCUAAAUGAACUGAACAAAUCAAAAACAAUGGGUAACAUGUUUGGCAAAGCCUAGAAAUCGACACACACUUUAAUGUAGUAUAUAUGAAAAACAUAUAUUUCUUCUGUGGCAUUUUAGCAAACUGCACAGCUUCUGCACAUUAAACGUUUUUAAAUGUCCAGCUGAAUAAGAAGCUUGAAGUGUUUUGUUAUGUCACUUCCACUUGUCACCAUUUGAUUAUUUAAAAAAGAUAGACAGCACAUACAGAAAGCAGCCACAUCACAAGCUCAUCUGGGAUGAUGUGCAAACCUAGACCACUGUCAGCCCUGCCUGAAGAAGUACAGAGGAGUCAGUAUAAAAGGAUUACUGAGGGCUUUGUUUUCUUUUGGCAGCCACUGCAGUCACUCUUGUAAUCAACGUUUGGCUGCAUGUGUGACAUGAGUGUUGCCUUUCUUGUCCUUAUGUGUAAUUGCAUUAUAAAGGAUGCAAAAGUGCUAUGUCACAUAUUUUUAGUCAAAUUUUGAACACUAAAGCCUCUUUUUUUUUUUUUUUCUACCGAUCACUGAUAUCAUCACUUGACAAACAUUGACUGGCUGGCAGGCCUUGUCAAAAGUGUAGUCUUACAGUAUGGACGGCCUAUGUGUCAGAGAAGCAAGAGUGGAAGUGGGGGGCGAACCAAGCAAAUUACUAUGAUGGAGGCCUCAGCCAAAAGACCCUCUGUGUAUGACAGAGAGUAGGCCAGAGUGCAGUUUCAUCAGUGUGCAUUACUGUCAAGCUGAGGAGAAACCAUAAUUACACUUUCCUCUGGGGGCUUGCACCAUUACGGUUUGUAUGGAGGCCGUUACUGUGUUGUGCCUUGUCUGGCCGUGUCAUACACGCACCACAGACAGGAAAUGGAUGAUGAUAAUGGAUGCAUGCUUAAUGGACCUUCCUGCUGCUGAUUUUACUGUGUUUACUCCUAGACUUCCAUGUCACAGUAAUGCUACAGUAACAUCUUACCAUUGUCUCUAGACAGCAGGACUAAUCAUUCUUUCAAGGCAAAUAUGUGUUUUAACGGGUACUGUAAGUUGAUGGGUGUAAUGGACAUGUCAAUAUUUAUUUGUAUGUGUGAAAUGAAUAAUACCUGAUGAUUCUGUUGGUCACUCACUUUUUUUUUUUAUCAGAUGUAACCCUUUUUUUUGAUGAGUCAUCAACAGCCUUGUAUUGAAAAUGUUCAAUUUUAUUUCGACAUAACAACACUGUUAUCAGAGCAAAAAUAUUUAUGUACAUAAAUAGGCAACCGAAAAUGUACAGUCUUCCACAAAAAAAAAAAAAAACAGUCCAUCUGAGUGAUAGUCGGUACAGCUUUUAUCACAUGUGCAUUAUUGGUAUGUUUAAGACAAAAUGUUAUAGCAGUCCAUAAAUUAAAGUGAAAAAAAAAUUCCAUUCAAAACUUGUCUGCUC